AUGUGCAAUGAAAUUCCGGUGGAGCAACCUCAAGGUGCCUACUACAAACAAAGAUGUGAGGAGAAAGACCAGAUCAAGACUGUUUUUACUAAAGGCAUCGCUGGAAUCGGAAAAACCGUCUCUGUGCAGAAGUUUAUUCUGGACUGGGCUGAGGGAAAAAACAAUCAGGAUGUAGAUUUUAUGUUUGUGCUUCCAUUUCGAGAGCUGAACUUGAUCCGAGAUCAUCAGUACAGUCUUCACAGACUUCUGCUGGACUUUCAUCCUGAACUUCAAGAUCUGGACCCAAAGAUUUAUGAGGAGUGUAAAGUUGUGUUCAUCUUUGAUGGUCUGGAUGAAAGCAGAAUCACACUGAUGUUUUCAGAUGAUCAGAAAGUUUGUGAUGUGACUGAGACUUCAUCAGUGAGUGUGUUGAUAUCAAACCUCAUGAAAGGAGAGCUGCUUCCCUCUGCUCUCAUCUGGAUCACCUCCAGACCAGCAGCAGCCAAUCAGAUCCCCUCAAAUUACAUCAACCGUCUGACAGAAAUUCAGGGAUUCACUGAGCCUCAGAAGGAGGAAUAUUUCAGGAAGAGAAUCAGUGACCAGCAUCAAGCCAGCAGAAUCAUCUCACACAUCAGAAGAGCAAGAAGCCUCCACAUCAUGUGUCACAUCCCUGUCUUCUGCUGGAUCUCAUCCACUGUGCUUCAGAAGAUCCUGGAAGAAGAUCUGAGUGCAGAAAUCCCCCAAACUCUGACUGAAAUGUACAUCCACUUCCUGCUGAUUCAGAUCAACAUAAGGAACCAGAAGUAUGAAGGGAGAGAUCCAGAGAAACUCCUGCAGUCUAACAGAGAAGUAAUUGUGAAACUUGCUGAAUUGGCUUUCAGGCAGCUGAUGAAGGGCAAUGUGAUGUUUUAUGAGGAGGACCUGAUUGAGAGCGGCAUAGACGUCACUGAUGCCUCAGUGUAUUCUGGGAUUUGUACUGAGAUCUUUAAGGAG